AGCUAAAAACAACGCAAUUUAAAUUAUUUCUCUAAAAUAAAACAAUUUAAUAAAAAAGAAUGAGGUUAAAUAAGAGAUUUCUUAUAAUUUUUAUAGAAAUUUUCUUAAGUUUUAUUAAAAUCAAUGAAAGUGCCAAGAUACUAGCAGUUUUUCCAUUUCCCGGUAGAUCUCAAUAUAUAUUAGUGCAGCCGUACUUAAAAGCUUUGGCGCAAAGGGGUCAUGAACUAACCGUUAUUAAUGCUUAUCCCGGUAAAGAGAAUAUUAAAAAUUAUCGAGAUAUAGCGGUAAUGGAAAUUCAUAAUGUACAAGAAUUUUUUGUUAAUGGAGCUCAGGAGGAGCGUAAUAUGUGGAAUGAACUUACUUUUCUUUCGGAUUUCUUUACCAAUGUUACUCUCACCGUUAUGAAGAAUCCUCAGGUACAAAAUUUACUACAAAUUGAAAGUUUUGAUUUGAUUAUACUGGAAUCCAUUAAUACCGAUGCUUGGUAUAGUUUUGGUGCACAUUUUAAGGCCCCUAUAAUAGGUAUAUCUUCCUAUGGCACUGAUCCCAUAAUAGAUGAACUUCUGGGUAAUAUUUCUCCCUUUACCUAUGUACCUUUAAUGUCUACCGGUUUCACUGAGCAAAUGUCUUAUAAAAAUCGUAUGCAAAACUUAUUACAAAAAGUAUUAGAACUAAUACACAAUCAUUUGGUGCAUGUACCUCGACAUCAGCAUAUAGUGGAUCGUUAUAUGCCCCAUAUUAAAGAACCCGUUUCUGAGCUGCGCCGCAAUAUGUCUCUCUUUCUAAUGAAUCAACAUUUUUCCUUAAGUUCUCCCCGUUCGUAUGUCACCAAUAUGAUUGAAGUGGGUGGCAUUCAAAUACAGCAUGAACCCAAACCUUUAACUGCAGAAAUCAAUGAUUUCUUAAAUAAUUCCUCACAAGAUGUUAUCUAUUUCUCCAUGGGUUCUAAUAUCAAAAGUAAAGAUUUUCCUUUGGAAACUUUACGCAUUUUCAAUGAGGUAUUUGCCUCGUUACCUUAUAAAAUAUUAUGGAAAUUUGAAAACCCUCAAUUACCCGGAAAACCAAAAAAUGUUUUAAUCUCUCCCUGGUUCCCGCAGGGAGAUAUAUUGGCUCAUCCUAAAGUUAAACUUUUCAUGUCACAUGGCGGUCUUUUGUCUACAUUUGAAACGGUAUAUCAUGGUAAACCUAUAUUAGGACUGCCCGUAUUUUUCGAUCAACAACAGAAUGUUAAUAAAGCACAACAGCAGGGUUUUGCUUUGAGGCUGGAUUUUGCCUCCUUCAGUCGGGAACAGCUGAAAAGUUCUAUACUAGAAAUGUUAAAUAAUCCCCAAUAUCGACAAAGAGCCAAAGAAAUUUCCGUGAGGUACCACGAUCAACCUAUAAAACCCUUAGAUUUGGCUAUUUAUUGGACGGAAUAUGUUUUAAGACAUAAUGGUGCUGCACAUUUACAAAGUCCUGCUCAAAAAAUGGGUUAUUUCCAGAAACAUGGUUUGGAUGUUUUAGCCGGUUUAGGCUUAAUGAUAUUAAGUGUUGUGAUUUUCUUCAAUUGGUUACUUCUUAAGAUUUUGAAAGUAAUUUUUGUCACAAAUCCCAUUAAAGUUAAAAUAAAUUAAAAUAAAA